GCCACUUUUGAAUCCAGGCAUUUGGAAAAGGGCAGCCCAGCAGCGGGAGGGCCGCCCAGACAGCCUGUCUAUAUUCCUCCCACUACCUCCCAGCAGCCAGCCGUGCCCUCAGCCCUGCCAGGCCAUGAGGACUCUGUGCCUUUUCAUCCUCUGCUUGCCAGUGCUCCUGGCUCAGGGACAGUAUGAUAUUGGAGACCCAGCAUACCAUGACCCGCCGUACGUUCCCUAUGAAAUAGAGAGUCAAGAUUAUUACGACUAUGCUGGUAAUGACGUCGCCUCGCAGGCCCCAGCAGAGCAGUAUCCCUACCAGUCCCAGCACCAAAACCAGCAGCAAGUCAUCCCUGCCCCAACCCCAGACGUUCCCGAGACCGAACCCACAGAGCCCGGACCCUUUGACUGCCAGGAGGAACAGUACCCCUGCACCCGCCUGUACUCGGUCCAUAAGCCCUGCAAGCAAUGUCUGAAUGAGCUCUGCUUUUACAGCCUGCGUCGGGUUUAUGUGAUUAAUAAGGAAAUCUGUAUCCGUACAGUCUGUGCUCAUGAAGAGCUACUCAGAGCUGACCUCUGCCGUGACAAGUUCUCCCGGUGCAGCGUGAUGGCAACCAGUGGCCUCUGUCAGAGUGUGGCUGCCUCGUGUGCCAGAAGCUGUGGGGGCUGCUAAGUGAGGCCAGGGGGCCUCCCCCCACCUCCCGCUGGGCAACAGUGGCUACAGAAGCAUCCAGGGACCAGCUGUGCCUUCCCUCUCUGCAUCUCAGCAAUGGGGCGGGGGCCACUUGCCCUGCUCGUCUACCUUGCCGACAGUUCUCGGUGCUUCAAUACUCAUUUUUUAGAAGUCACACAAGAGGAGACAGCUCCACCCCCCACCCCCACCCCCACCCACGUACUUAUUAUUAGAAGCCCGACCCUGUUACAUCCCCAAGGGCUCGCUUGAGGCCGGAGCGGCAGGAGCUGAGCAGGCAGAGGUCCCAGGCCUCUCUCGGGUUAGCUUCAGCAACAGGCAACGGGCCCGGGGUGGGGCAUGGGAACAUGUUAACCUUCUGGUACCUGCCUCAUCGAGUACAAGCCCUCUCUUGUCUACAGUGGCAAAUAAACCCAAAGUAUUACUA